GGGGUGUGUCAGGCUCCCUUGUGUGCCGUGCAGCACAUCAUGUGUGGGAAUGUGUGCACGGGGUGGGGGCUCACAGGGGAGAAGACACUGGGGCAUAGGGAUGCCUGGCCCUGCUCAUCCUGUUGCAUGUGCAUUAGACUCCUAGGCUUCUAAUAUCCAUGGUCAGUGGUGAAGGAGAACAAAAGAUCUGAUGUUGUGUGGGAUCCCUGGCUGAUCCCUGAUCGUGCUGAUCUGUGUGUACAGGCAAGGAGAUUCCAGCCUGGGAGCAACAGUCAGGCACAUGCAUUCAUUAGGCCAGCUCCUCACAUUACUAGAGCUAUUAACCCCCUGUAGUCACCUCUGGAUUCAGCUGGCUAUGGAUGUGAUGACUGAUUCAUGACUGCAUAUCAGAUCCAGCUUCCAGUCCCGUCACCUCUCCAUGGACUGACAAACCAACGGAUUCUACUGAAACCACAUUGAUCGGAAUCUGCAAGAUCUCCUCUUCAAAGCACGGAUUUUAGCAGCCCAGCCAGACAACAUGACAUCGCCAGCAAAAUUCAAAAAGGAUAAAGAGAUCAUUGCGGAGUAUGACACCCAAGUCAAAGAGAUCCGAGCCCAGUUGUUGGAGCAGCUGAAAUGCCUGGAUCAGCAGUGUGAUCUGCGCACCCAGCUUCUUCAGGACCUGCAGGAUUUCUUCCGUAAGAAAGCUGAGAUUGAAAUGGAUUAUUCCCGUAACCUGGAGAAACUCAGUGAGCGGUUCCUUUCCAAAACCCGUGGUGCCAAAGAUCAGCAGUUCAAGAAGGAUCAGAAUGUCCUGUCUCCGGUGACCUGUUGGAACCUGCUUCUCACACAGGUGAAGAGAGAAAGCCGCAACCACGCUACAUUAAGUGAUAUCUACUUGAAUAACAUCAUCCCUCGAUUCGGUCAAGUCAGCGAGGACUCUGGGCGACUCUUUAAGAAGAGCAAGGAGAUAGGUCUGCAGCUGCAGGAGGACCUAAUGAAAGUGUUAAAUGAGCUGUACACGGUCAUGAAAACUUAUCACAUGUAUAAUGCAGAUAGCAUCUCGGCCCAGAGUAAGCUGAAGGAGGCAGAGAAACAGGAGGAGAAACAGAUGAGCCGAUCGGUUAGACAGGAAGAUCGCCAGACUCCUCGCUCCCCAGACGCUGCCACCAGUGUCCGCUUAGAAGAAAAACACAUUAGGCGCAGCUCGGUUCGAAAAAUUGAGAAGAUGAAAGAAAAGCGUCAAGCCAAAUACACCGAAAACAAGGUGAAGGCCAUCAAAGCUCGUAAUGAGUAUGUACUGGCACUGGAAGCCACUAAUGCGUCUGUCUUCAAAUACUACAUUCAUGACUUGUCUGACCUCAUCGAUUGCUGUGACCUGGGCUACCACUCAAGCUUGCAUCGUGCUCUCCGCACCUUCCUUUCUGCUGAGUUUAACCUACAGCACUCCAAGCAAGAGGGACUGGAAGCCCUGGAAAAUGCCACAGAAAACUUAGAUGCUUCUACAGACAAGCAUCGUCUCAUGGAAUCAUCCAAUAGUGUCUUCUGCCCUCCUGUGAGGUUUGAGUUCCAGCCACACAUGGGGGAUACAGUCUCUCAGCUGUGCCCACAGCAACCUCUUCAGGGAGAGUUGGCGCAGAGGUGCCAGCAGCUGCAGAGUCGGUUGUCUACAUUACUUAUAGAAAAUGAAGAGGUUAAAAAGACAAUGGAAGCUACAUUACAGACCAUUCAAGACAUGGUGAGCGUGGAGGACUUUGAUGUGUCCGACUGCUUUCAGUAUAGUAACUCUAUGGAAUCUGUGAAGUCCACAGUGUCCGAGACCUACAUGAGCAAGCCGAGCAUAGCCAAGCGACGGGCCAACCAGCAAGAGACAGAGCAAUUCUACUUUACAAAGAUGAAGGAAUUCCUGGAGGGACGAAAUUUGAUUACAAAACUGAAAGCCAAGCAUGACAUGUUACAGAAGACCCUGGGAGAGUGUCAACGCACAGACUGUUCUCAUGCCAGUGGUCGAAGAAUGUCUACUCUACGGAAGCAGGACUCCAAGCAACCCGUUGCCCUAGUGGUUGAAAGCUGUAUUAGGUUCCUCAGUCGUCAUGGUCUUCAACAUGAGGGGAUAUUUCGAGUGUCUGGCUCCCAAGUGGAAGUAAAUGAUAUUAAGAAUGCGUUUGAGAGAGGAGAGGACCCUCUAGAAGAAGAUCAAAAUGACCAUGAUCUCGAUUCUGUGGCCGGGGUUCUUAAACUGUACUUUCGCGGGCUGUCAACACCUCUUUUUCCGAAAGAAAUCUUCCAUGACCUGUUAAGCUGUGUCUCUAUGGACAACAUGCAAGAGCGUGCUGCUCACAUACGCAAAGUUCUCCUCUGCCUCCCGUCUCCCACACUCGUCCUUAUGAGAUACCUCUUCGCCUUCCUCAACCAUCUUUCUCAGUUUAGUGAUGAUAACAUGAUGGACCCCUAUAAUCUUGCCAUCUGCUUUGGCCCCACCCUGAUGUGCGUACCUGACAACCAUGACCAAGUUUCUUGCCAGUCGCAUGUGAAUGAAUUUAUCAAGACCAUCAUCAUGUACCAUGAGAACAUCUUCCCAGGCCCACGUGAGCUAGAUGGACCAGUCUAUAUGGCGGGCAUUGGUAGUGAAGACUGUGAGAGCUCACAUAGUGAACCUAUCUCAGUUGAAGACUCUGUUUUGGAUAUGACAUCGGAUAUGCACAGUACAGAGGAUGGAUCCCAUUUAAACAGCAUUGCAUACAGCAGGCGAAUACCAGCUACUGGAAGCGAUGACCCCCCUAGUGAGAGAUCCAGUCCCCGAUCUGACCCAGAGCAGAGUUCGGAGCCAUUGGUGGAGGAAAAGGUCACAGCUAGAGCGAGCCUCAGCUGCCCCACAGGGAGCCACGUGGCUGACAUUUACCUUGCUAAUAUUAACAAGCAAAGAAAAAGACCAGAGUCUGGCAGCAUACGGAGACCAUUUAGACAGAGUGACAGUGUAUCCAGCUCUGACACCUCCGAACCAGCAUCGCCAGGAGCAACUGUACGGCCUACAUCUCAGCCUGUCAUGAGCCAGACGUUCUCCCGAGAAGCUCCAGAUCGCUGCUCCAUCAGUGGACAUGGCACAGUCAGCAGCAUCAGCAGGCACUCCUCUCUUAAGAACAGGAUGGAUAGUCCCCAGAUCCGCAAAGCAAUGGCCGCCGGCAGGUCUAAAAGCUUCAAUAAUCACCGUCCACUGGACCCAGAAGUUAUUGCUCAGGACAUUGAAGCAACAAUGAACUCUGCGCUCAAUGAGCUACGAGAGCUUGAGCGCCAAAGCAGUGCAAAGCAUGCCCCAGAUGUGGUGCUGGACACCCUAGAGCCCCUAAAGACUUCACCUGUGGCUGCUCCCAAUUCUGAGCCUUCUAGCCCUCUUCAUGCUCAGUCCCUGCGGGACCAAGAGCCUAGUUUUCAGCGAAGCUCCAGUUCUGCAAGUGAUAUACCUUGUUCAUUCCGUACAGCUAAAUCAGUACGCCUACCCCCUUCAAGGCCUCCAGCUACUCGUCCCAAACCAGCCAUGUUCCCCAAAUCCAAUCCCCCUGCACCUGGUGGAGUUGGAUCUACAUCUGGUCAGCAGCCCCCUGAUAAGUCUUGUCCGGUGUGAUUCGGGUGACUUGGGGCCACCACUGUGAAUUCUAUGCUAGAAAUCUUCAAUGUGUACAUACGGACUUCUGUGAAGGAGAAUGAGGAAGCUGGUAGAAGUAAGAGCCCUGAACUAGAUGCGGGGGGAAAUCUAGAAGUGGGCUAAUAAGGAAGUCCAGGACCAAAUGGAAAGAAUUUUUUUGUUUUUUACUUUUUAGUCUUGUUUUCUUUACUUAUUUUUUACUGGUCUCAUGUAGGAUCAAUGUGUUCCAGUCUUGACAAGUAGUGCCACAUCUACUGGGAACUCUUAGCUGUCUCAAUGAAAUAUCCACUGCUGUCAAUAUCGAUUGGUUGGUUGUUUUUCUCGCUUAUUCCCAAAGGGCUACUGUAUGUCUAAGCAAGCAUUUCAUGACUUACUAAAAUAGAACACUAAAACCGGUCUUAACAGUGAAUGCUUUAAGAUUAAUGUUAUCACUUAGAAUCUUUUCCAGUAUUGUGUAUGUGACAUACAUCAUAGCACAUAUCUAACCAGCGUGCAGCAAAAAAGCUCUUCAUGUACAUGCAUGAGAAGAGCACCAUAGGCACAAUCGGAAGGAAACGGUAUAUAGGUGCUUUGGGAGGGUACUUAAUACAGAUUUCUUAUAUUAUACAGGAAAUAUAUCAGUUUUAAGAGACAUUCCAAUGGUGAUUAUUAAUGGAAAUAAAUUAUUAACCAAAACCGGAACACUUUCCAGGUAUAUGGUAACCAGACCUAUUUUCUUGUAGUAUAGGGUAGGAAAUGGUUCUAUACUCUCCUUAUAAUAAGUAAGCACUGUUUCUAAAGGCUGAAUCGAUUACCGAGUAGUCACUGUUUAAUCUUAUUGAUCCUAUGUGGGACCUUUGCCUAUAAUGUCUGUAAUUCUCCAUUGCACUUAGAGAAAUAAGAGCAUUAUAUGGGGGAAUUGGGAUAUUGUUAUCACCCAGUCUGCAUAUAAUCUCUGUAGAAUUGGGUAGGUGGUUGUGAGCUCCCUUUUGUGGAGAAAUGUGGAUGUCUUUUUUUUCCUUUUUACAUUCCAUUGCAUUCUAAACAAGUUCAAUUAUUCCAAGAUUGAGAGACCCAAGUAAGAAACAAUUCCUCUCUAAAUGAUUUGGUGCCCUAAGUUCCAUUAGUGAACAGCCAGCCACCCAUUGGUAUUUCUAGAUACCCUCAAACCAAGACACCAAUUCACACAGCUAAGUGGUCUUUAGUGCCAGCGACCUGACUGACACAUAUGUAGACGAGAGAUGGUGAUGGUUACUAAAUAAAAUGUUUAGUGGAUGGACCAUGGGUACUCAACUGAUCAGUAUUUCUCCUGAAUAAAGUCAUAGUCCAUAUUGAUCAUUGAAUUACAGAUUUGUUCCCCAGUUAUCUAUCCUGCGAUGUUCCUGAAGAAUAAGUCCUAUAUGAUGUUACAUUUGGAAAUCCUUGGUUUUCUGAGGACCAUGAAAAAUAAACCCAAAAUAAUGGUGCUGAGCCUUGGUGGUGAUCUCAAUACAGCGGGGUAAUCCAUCAUCAGCUUUAUUCAUAUUUUUGUUUAUACUCUUUGUAGAUCGUAUGGAUCCAUAAAUAAUACCAAUGUAUAGCAAGGAAUUCAUGGAUCCAUCAAUAAGGAAAAAGUAUUACUAUGAAAAACUGAAGUCACCAAAAUCAGCAAUGAUUUUAUUCCCAAUGUGCAAUGAUAGUGCGAGCUUCAGCUGACCGGAAACUUGACAGUAUUUAAUACACCUUCAUGCAUGGUACUGUAUUACAAAGCAUGCGACCCCUGCUGGGUAACUGCCAAAGAGUGCUGGGUGUAAAGUCUGUUUUUGGCAAAAGAAGCAGAGCACUUUGCAGCAAUACAAGAACAUGCAGUUCAUUGAUAUGAAGUGUGCGGAUCAUUUAUAUGCCUGUGGCAUAUUCAGUAGCCUUUUUUGUAUCUCAUUUAAGCCUUUUCGUUACCAAGAAGAUGAAGUGUGGUGAAGAGCUUGGUGAACUUUUGCAGUCCUAUAAUGGACCACUAUUGUAGCAGGACAUUUGAGUGUGUGCUGUCCCUAUCUACUUCCAGAGGGGACACAUCUUCCUCUGAAUACUUACGGGUUGCAAAUCAGUCUCCUGUGUAAUGCAGUCUCACUUGUUCUUGUUCCAACUCUUUGCUGAGGUGUGGGCGGAAUAGGAGCCGCCAACAAAGGAGAUAAGACCAGCCUUUUUAUUGUGUAUGUGUGUGCAUUUAGGAGAACAGAGCACGGACCUAAUACAGUGGUCUCUUGCAAUAAGCCAGCACUGUACAAUUGCUUUAUUUUAUUUUUGAUUUUUUUGUUAUGGCACUUUGACCACUGAUUACUAGAAAAAAUGUUUAUGGACAGUGUUUCUCUGGGAGCUGUGUCAGUUAUACUCAUGCUGUCUAGGAGAAUGUAUGCAUCACAUAUGUAACACCACGUGUAGAAAAUGCACGGGAAUAAAAUGUCAAUAAAAGUGGUUUCCUUAUCCUUUAAACUAUAUGUUAAAGAUAAAAGAAAAAACUAAGCAGCAUUUUCACAACUGGAAUAAUGUAUGUCCGUUUUGUGCUUUGUAUUCUCCAAAAUCCCGGAUUGAGGGAGGAGAAUUUAAUGUGGGACUCCUCAAUAAAUUGUGUU